AACGUCAGAAGCCUUGAUGCAUGUAGUGUGUGUUUACUGCAGCUGGAGUGGGCCACAGACCAGAGAAUAGUGACAAAGAAACUACCUCACUGGAAAUGCCCUCAUUACCAGCUUCUGAUGGGUUUCAAAAUCCAGUCCAGUCUUCAGGACUAAGUUCUAAGACCUGUAAUCCCACAAAUCAAUUACUUGAUCGAUCUGUCUUUGCCCCUGCUUCAACUUGCUUAUCCAAAUGUAGCCUCACAGAGCCCAUUGAUCCUAGAGCCGUCAAGUCAAUUGAGUCUGCAACUGAAUGCUGGAUCACCCCAGAAGAAGAUCAUCCUCUUGUGUUACAGCAUCUUUCCAAUAACUCUUCCUUGGCAAAUAAUGACCGCUCUCUCCAGACAGAAGAGGUGAAUUCUUGCAGUCCAGCUUGCCUUUCACAGAAGACACUUGAAGAAACAUUUCUUGCUGACAGUCUAAUGGAAUGUAAUACUAUAGAACAGGGCUGUGGUGAGGAACCUCUUUUGAAAAUGACAAAAGAAAAUAGUUUGACUGACAGCACUACUAAGCUUGGGCAAAUAAAAGGUGCAUCUCUGCCUUCAGAACUAAAGGAACCAAAACUGAAGAAUGAGCUUGCCAUAAACCAUCAGAUGUGCAAAGAGCCAGAGAAGUUUGAGCAUUUGGAGAAACAAACUGAUAAGACUGACCCAGAACAUCCAGGCAACAUUGGUGGCGUUGAGAAACCUGUUAUGGAAGAAGAGGGCCGUACAGCCAGUCAGCCAGAAAGUCUUCCUGCAGAAAUGAGAGAAGGUAGACUGGAGAAAGCUGAUCUUUCCUGUGUGAAAGGACAUAUCCAAACAUCCUGUAGUUGUGUGCAUAUGGAAUUGGAUACAGCUGAGCAUUCUGUAGCUGAAGUGCAUAUCUCAGCAAGCAAGCAGAAGUGGCAAGCCAAAAAUGGAAGGGCAUCUGACCUGAACUCAGAUGCCUCUUCUGUGGAAGUGGAGUCACUGAAGUCUGCAACUUCCCCGAGUGAUGCAGUUUCCACCUCUGAUGUGUUGCAGUCUAAAAGCACCAGUGAAAUCCCCACAAAGUGUAAUGAGUUGUCCAAUUUAACAGCUGAACACAGUUCUUCCCCCUCCAUCAUUCAUCAACAGGACACAGAUCUGGGUAGACAUUUAGAAGAGCCAUGUUUCUCUCUAGCAUCAGCCUUGAAAGAGCUUCACAAACUCUUGAUCAGUUGUAAAGGAGAAUGUAAACUUCUUACAUCUGAAGUCUCUCAGCUGGAAAUGGUUCACAAAGAGCAAAUACAACAGAAGGGGUUUUCUGAAGAUGAAUGGAAAGUGUCAGAUCCAGAUGGCCAACAACAGAGUAGUUCCUCCUUUAAUGUGAGAUAUGAAGGUGGAAAAGCAGAGGGGAGCAAGCCUUACGAUUCUGGCAUAGAAAACUUUAAUCUUGGGUCUGUCACUCACAUGGAAUCUCCUGGAGAAGAUGCUUUAGAAAUUCCAAAGUUUUCAGGUAAGAGUGAUUUGAUUGCAGGGACAUCUGACCAACAAGAGAGCUCUGAGCAGGCAAAGGUUUUGCCAGAAUGGUUCCAAAGUCCGACUUUGAAACAGAACACUGUUUCCUCUAAGCCUGCUUUGGAUGAAGAUACAUCUCAAGAUACUCAGGCAUCACUCACAAGAGCACCUGAGAGAAGCAGCAGUUCUGCUCCUGACAGCCCAGCAUCAUUGGGUGGGUGUGAGGAACCACUGCCUAGCUCACCUACUGAGUCCACUGAACUUCCCUUGGUUGCUUCACCACCUGCUUUCCCUGCAGCUGAUAUUGAUCGAAUCCUUAGUGCUGGCUUUACCACGCAAGAAGCUCUGGAGGCUUUGGAACAAGCAGAUGGGAAUGCAGAUCUUGCUCUUCUCAUUUUGCUAGCCAAGAGUAUUGUUGUUCCUACAUAACUGUGGAAGAGGGGGUCUUUUAAAAGUAAUAUCUAAAUUACACGUAAUGUGCAAGCAGAAUGUUGAGCCAGAGUUUUUAAUUAUUUGCAGCCAAAGUAACUUGUCUCUUCUGUUUCGCUUGUUAGAUUUGGCCUUUUGAAAGAA